UAUUACCUUAACGACCUUCCUACCCUUUCUUGUCUCUCCUCCGCCGUCGCGUGGGCAGCCGUCAAGGCGGCGUGGGAGAGGAAGUAGCUAAGCUGGCUGCCGAGAUCUGGAGGCGGCUCUUCCCUUUGCGAAGCAGCAAGAGGAGGCUCCUCUUCUACGCCUCGGGAUCGGCGGCGAGCCGGCGAUUCUCCCGCAUGGACUGCGCCUGCGUCGUCAUCAACCCUUUCCGCCUCUGCUCCGCCCUUCGGGUGCUUGGCUCCUUCAUGGUCCUCCUAUUUCUUGCCAUCGUCGCCCUCUCCUACUACGCCGUCGUCGUCGUCGCCUGGGGCCCGCGCCUGUUCCACAGCUUCCCCCUCCCACUUCUCGCCUCCUCCAUCAUCGUCAUCUUUCACCUGCUGCUUGCAUUGUUAAUAUGGAGUUAUUUUAUGGUAGUUUUUCGUGAUCCUGGUGCUGUCCCUGCUAAUUGGAGGCCUUUUCUCGAUGAAGAGUCUCCUGAAAGAACUGCUUCUGCAAUGCUUGCAGAUUUUGUUGCUCCUGAAACCAGGGCUUCUGCAUCUUCCUCUUUAGAAGGACUUGAAAGAAGACCUAAUAUCAACUAUUGUGCUCGUUGUCAAAAUGGCAAACCUCCUCGUUGUCAUCACUGUUCUGUUUGUCAAAGGUGCGUGCUUAAGAUGGAUCAUCAUUGUGUAUGGGUUGUUAAUUGCGUAGGGGCUCACAAUUACAAAUUCUUUCUUCUGUUCUUGCUUUAUACAUUCCUUGAGACGGUAUUAGACACCUUUGUCUUGCUUCCAAGUUUUAUUAAUUUUUUCGGCGAUGCAAGGAGACAUUCUAGUUCACCUGGAAAUCUUGCUGUUACGUUUCUUGCAUUUGUCCUUAAUCUAGCUUUUGCACUGAGCCUUCUCUGUUUUGUCGUCAUGCACACAUCUCUUGUUUUGAGCAACACCACAACGAUAGAGGUAUAUGAGAAGAAGAAAGCAGUCGCAUGGAAGUAUGAUAUCGGAAAGAGGAAGAACUUUGAACAGGUUUUUGGGGCGAAGAAGUUGUUCUGGUUUCUCCCAUUAUUCUCUGCAGAAGAUCUUGAAAAGAUUCCGGCACUUCAAGGUCUGGAUUUUCCAACUCGCUCAGAUGUCGAACCGUGAAGUAUUUAGAUUUGUUCAUUCCCCUCGUCUGAGUUGAAACUGUUAUGAAGCAUAUCAUGUAUAUCUUCUUGACUGUGUUUUAUUCUUGUACAUCUAAACAAACAAACAAAAAAAACUCUUUGAAUGCUGGACACCAUUUCUAUCAAUUGUUAAUGUGUUUGAUUGCAUAAAA